AUGUUGGGUCGAGGCGGCAUGUUUAGCGGGCUGCGGGCGCUGUCCACGGGUGCGGCCGCGCACAACGGGGCCACCCAGUAUGCCUCGCUCGCGAGGAGCGGGAUGAUUGUGCAGCCGGGGGCAGACCCCCGGUCGGCCAAUCGCAAGCCCGACGAGCAGGUGGUCAAAUACGUGCUCAACUGCCUGUUCACCAAGAACAACACGCACUUCACGUACUCCGCGGUUGUCGAGGACCGCAACUUCCUGGCCAACAACGCGCACCUGUCGUACAACGAUAAGUUCCUGUACUACCUGCAGCUGCCGCAGCGGGUCAGGUUGCACCUGUCUACCGGCCAGCUCGGGUUCCGCAAGGCCGCGCGCGGCGAGUACGAGGCCACGUUCCAGACCGCUGCUAAGCUGUUCCAGACGCUGCGCGAGCGCCAGCUGCUGGACAAGGGCGUCGAGAUCAUCAUGAAGGACUUUGGCAAGGGCCGCGAGGCGUUUAUCGCUGCGCUAAACGGCAAGGAGGGCAACCAAGUGCGUCCGGCCGUGACACGCGUCUCUGACGCCACCCCUCUGAAGUUCGGUGGUGUCCGCGCACCCCGGCGCAGACGCUUGUGA